CUCUAUAUUCUGGGGAUGGCGCUACGUGUUAUCACUCAUCAGUUGCCCUCGGACAUUGCAAGGGGAAGGUUGCUCGCUCCUGCUAUCCUUAUCCAACCUCAGAGAAUUGCGAGUUUGUUUCGUUCAAGUUGCAUGGCCCGCAGAUGCCUGGCGGUGGUGAUGGUGGUGGUGGUGGGCGUGUGUCUAAACCCCACCCCCGCUGUAUCCUUCGACUUUUCUAGCUUCCUAUCCAGCAUUGCCAACAUUGCCAUCAAGCACCUAUACGUGGAAAGGGAAAUCGACCUGUUCGACCACUACUGUGUCCUGAGCCGCAGUCCUCACAUCUACAGCUGGGAAUUGAAAUUUGAGGCGACUGUUACCUGCCCAGGAUGGACACCCGAGAAAGGCAAAGUGAGAGGCUACUCCAGCCCCACAUCAGCCGAGCGAGAAGCCACCAGGGACUUUGUGCAGAAGAUUGUAAGGCGAGGACUGGUGACAAGGGAGGAGGCGAGUGAGUGGCUGUGAGGUGCAUGUGGCGCCACACACACACACACACACACACACACACACACACACACACGCUCACACACACACACAGGUUCUUGAAAGCAUUACCUCAAUAGCCACUUAACACAUUAUUACAUGAGGGAAGGAGCAAGAAGCCAGUUGGCCUACACACGUGGCAGUCCCUGUAUGAAACAUACCUGUAUCCACCUCAUAAUUAUACCGAAGCAUAACAGAAACAUCCAAACCACACACACACUUGUAGUGAUGAAAUGUUAUCACCACAGCAGUACCACAUCACAACUACAUGUCACAGUACCCACACCACCACACCACACCACAACACAACGCCACUCACGCCACCACAUGCCACAUUCAAGUCACCACACCACCACACCACAGAACACUGAUGACCACACCAGUCACACCACCAGCUCAGUCGUACUAAGGUCACACCACAGCAUCACAACACCACAUGCCUGCCACACCACAAUUAUAUAAUAAGUUGUAAUGACUCUGUAGUACUUAAUCUGUUUCCCACAAAGUGUAAUGUCCAGGAAGCAAUAAAAAGACAAUACUGGAA